AUGGGUAGCACCGACCAACCCCCCGAUCGCCAAUUCGUCCUCCGUACCCAUCGACCCGGCGAUAUAGGAUGGAUCAUCCACAGACACGGCAUCCUUUAUAGCCAAGAAUACGGCUGGGACGAGCGAUUCGAGGCCCUCGUCGCCACCAUAGCCGCAGACUUUAUCAACCAAUACGACCCCGAAUCAGAGCGUUGCUGGAUUGCAGAAAAAGACGGCAACCCACUCGGCUGCAUCAUGCUCGUCAAAGACCGAUCGAGCCAAAAUACAGCCAAACUUCGCCUACUACUGGUUGAACCAAGUGCUCGUGGCCUUGGUGUUGCUCGCGCUCUCGUGCGCCAGUGCAGAACAUUUGCUAAGGAGGUCGGUUACGAGCGGAUUGUGUUGUGGACGAAUCAAGUGUUGACAUCUGCGCGUCGACUUUAUGCGUCGGAGGGAUAUCGAUGUGUUCAAGAGGAGGAACAUGAGUCGUUUGGGUUUAAACUUGUGGGAGAGUCUUGGGAGUUGAGUCUAAAAGCACCAGCGACAUAG